AUGACUCAAAAGAGACGUAAUCACGGUAGAUCCAAGCACGGACGUGGACAUGUCCAAUUCAUCCGUUGCACCAACUGUGCUAGAUGUGUUCCAAAGGACAAGGCUGUAAAGAGAUUCUACAUUCGUCCAAUCGUUGAAAACGCUGCUGUCAAGGAUAUUUCUGAUGUCGGUGUCUUCACUGCCAAGGGAUACAAGUUCCCAAGAACUUACAUCAAGUCCCAAUACUGUAUCUCCUGUGCUAUUCACUCUCACAUCGUCCGUGUUCGUUCAGUCGAAGAUCGUAAGAUCCGUACUCGUCCACAAAGACCAGGUAUGAAGACCAUCGGUGGAAAGCCAAUCAAGCCAACCAACAACUAA